UGAAGCACCUUAAAAACAGACAGAAACACAAGAUCUCAGAGCCCACUCCACCUUCUUCUGCCCCUGGGGACUAAAAGAAAACAAGAACGAAGCUCCACAAGCCCUCCUAGGAAGAUGCAUUUGCUCCUGCUCUUGUUGGCCUUCUUUCUGCCUCCCAAGGCACAGGCAGGGGAGAUCAUCGGGGGACAUGAAUCCAAGCCCCACUCCCGGCCCUACAUGGCCUAUCUUCAGUUUGUUGCUCAGGGUGUACAGAAGAAGUGUGGUGGGUUCCUGAUAAGAGAAGACUUUGUGCUGACGGCUGCUCACUGCUUAGGAAGGCCAAUGAACGUCACUCUGGGGGCACACAACAUUGAGAAUCUGGAGAAGACCCAGCAGGUCAUCCCAGUGAAAAGAACCAUCCCCCACCCAGACUAUGAUGCUCAUUAUUUCUACAAUGACAUCAUGUUAUUGGAGCUAGAGAAAAAAGCCAACCUUAAUCCAGCUGUGCAGCCUAUCAAGCUGCCCAGGGGCAAGGACAAGGUGAAGCCUGGGAAGGUGUGCCUUGUGGCUGGCUGGGGCAGAAUGGCCCGAAAUGGCAAAUACCCCAACACACUGCAGGAGGUAAAGUUGAAAGUGCAGAAGCACCAGGUGUGCGAGCGCGAGGAAUUAUUAAAAGAGUACUACAAGAGUAGCAUCCAGAUAUGUGUGGGGGAUCCAAAGGAAAACAAAGCUUCCUUUCAGGGGGACUCCGGAGGCCCUCUUGUGUGUAACCAUGUGGCCCAAGGAAUUGUCUCUUAUGGAAAUAAAAAUGGGAAACCUCCCCGUGUCUACACCAAAGUCUCCAGAUUCCUACAAUGGAUAAAGGAAACCAUGAAAAGCCACCAACUGCAGGAGACAGACUAAAGCACCUAUAAGACUAAUCUUCUCUCCAGAAACUGAGUCUAGAAUCACCCUGGAGGAGAUGCUCACAACUGAAUAAAUGUCUCU